CCGCGGCGGCAGGAGGAGGCGGAGGAGGAUGGUCGUGGGGGCGGGCGGCGGCGGUGGUAGCCGCUGGCAGCAGCCGGGAGAAGCCCCGCCGGUGACUGGCUGGCGGCACACGCAGCUUUGAGGAGGCGGAGGGUGCCCGAGCCGCGGGGCGGGCGCCUGCGAAGGGGGGAGAGACUGCGGCGGCGGGAGGGACCGGCACACGCACGCACACAUCCACAGGCGCACGCACGCAGAGGGAUGACAGCGGCGGCCGCGGCUGCCACGAUUCUCCGUCUCCGAGCCCGCGGGCCCCGAUGAGGAGCGCCCCUGCGCUGCCGGACUGACGCCUCGCCGUCCUCCCCGCGGCCGAGGAGGAGCGCUGCCCCGCGGCGGAGAGCGCGGCGCCCCCGACCGCGGGCCGCCCCUGCACCGCCCUCCCCGGCGGGGGCUCGUCUGCCGCCUGCGGGGCGGGCGGCGCGGCACGGCGGGCGGCGGCGAGGCCGGGGCAGCGGGCAGCGCCGCCGCCGAAGACCAUGAGGAAAUUUAACAUCAGGAAGGUGCUGGACGGCCUGACGGCGGUCUCCUCCGCCGCCUCGGCGUCGUCCGCCGCGCAGCAGCAGCAGGCGGGGAACCGGGAGACCGAAAUCCAGGAGACGCUCCAGUCCGAGCACUUCCAGCUCUGCAAGACUGUACGCCAUGGUUUCCCCUAUCAACCUUCAGCCUUGGCAUUUGAUCCGGUUCAGAAAAUACUGGCCAUCGGGACUCAGACUGGAGCACUAAGGCUCUUUGGUCGUCCAGGAGUUGAAUGCUACUGCCAACAUGACAGUGGAGCUGCAGUAAUCCAGCUUCAGUUCCUGAUUAAUGAGGGAGCUCUUGUGAGUGCCUUGGCUGAUGAUACCUUACACCUAUGGAAUUUACGUCAGAAGAGACCUGCUAUACUUCAUUCGCUCAAAUUUAACCGAGAACGGAUUACAUUUUGUCAUCUGCCUUUCCAAAGUAAAUGGCUAUAUGUGGGCACUGAAAGAGGAAACAUUCACAUUGUCAAUGUGGAAUCAUUUACUCUCUCGGGCUAUGUCAUCAUGUGGAAUAAAGCCAUUGAACUGUCGUCCAAAUCUCACCCAGGACCUAUUGUCCACAUUAGUGACAAUCCAAUGGAUGAAGGAAAGCUUCUGAUUGGCUUUGAGUCUGGAACAGUGGUAUUAUGGGAUCUGAAGUCAAAGAAGGCAGAUUACAGAUACACACAUGAUGAGGCUAUACACUCUGUGGCUUGGCAUCAUGAAGGAAAACAGUUUAUUUGUAGUCACUCAGAUGGUACUUUGACCAUAUGGAAUGUAAAAUCUCCUACGAAACCAUUCCAGACAAUCACUCCACAUGGAAAGCAGCUGAAGGAUGGAAAGAAGCCAGAACCCUGCAAACCUAUCCUUAAGGUGGAAUAUAAAACAACUAGAGCUGGGGAGCCUUUCAUCAUUCUCUCAGGAGGCUUGUCAUAUGACACUGUAGGAAGACGACCCUGUUUAACAGUUAUGCAUGGGAAAAGUACUGCUGUGCUAGAAAUGGAUUAUUCUAUUGUUGAUUUUCUAACCCUCUGUGAAACACCAUAUCCUAAUGACUUUCAGGAACCAUAUGCUGUAGUUGUUCUCCUAGAAAAGGACUUAGUACUGAUUGACCUUGCACAAAAUGGGUACCCUAUAUUUGAGAAUCCCUAUCCUCUGACAAUACAUGAAUCUCCAGUUACCUGUUGUGAAUAUUUUGCCGAUUGUCCUGUGGACCUCAUACCUGCACUCUAUUCGGUGGGCGCUCGACAGAAACGUCAAGGUUACAGUAAGAAGGAAUGGCCUAUCAGUGGAGGCAACUGGGGUUUGAUCACUCAGAGCUAUCCAGAGAUAAUUAUUACAGGGCAUGCUGAUGGGUCAAUCAAGUUUUGGGAUGCCUCAGCAAUAACACUGCAAGUACUCUAUAAGCUAAAAACAGCCAAAGUAUUUGAAAAAUCACGGAAUAAAGAUGACAAGCAAAACACAGAUAUAGUAGAUGAAGAUCCAUACGCUAUUCAGAUCAUCUCAUGGUGUCCAGAAAGUAGAAUGCUGUGCAUAGCUGGAGUUUCUGCACAUGUCAUUAUUUACAGGUUCAGCAAGCAGGAAGUGACAACAGAAGUUAUUCCGAUGUUGGAAGUGCGCCUGCUAUAUGAAAUAAAUGAUGUUGAAUCUCCAGAUGGUGAGCAGGUGCCACCUUUACCAACUCCAGGCACAGGUUCCAAUCCUCAAUCUAUUGUUCCCCAGUCUCAUCCAUCUACUAGUAGCAGUUCAUCUGAUGGACUUCGUGAUAAUGUCCCGUGUUUAAAAGUUAAAAAUUCUCCUCUCAAGCAAUCUCCAGGCUACCAAAUUGAGCUAGUUAUCCAGCUAGUGUGGGUGAGUGGAGAACCUCCUCAACAGAUAACCAGCUUAGCAGUCAACUCAGCAUAUGGCCUAGUAGUUUUUGGAAACUGUAACGGUAUUGCCAUGGUUGAUUACCUCCAGAAGACAGUGCUUUUGAAUCUAGGCACUAUUGAACUGUAUGGCUCCAAUGAUCCUUAUCGCAGAGAGCCACGGUCUCCCCGAAAAACUCGGCAACCGUCUGGAGCAGGUCUCUCUGAUAUUAAUGAAGGUACAAUGGUGCCAGAAGACCGCUGCAAAUCGCCCACUUCAGGUUCUGGUUCACCAAACAAUUCUGAUGAUGAUCAAAAAAUGAAUAAUUUUAUAGAAAAGGUGAAGACCAAAAGCAGAAAGUUUUCCAAGAUGGUAGCCAAUGACAUAGCAAAGAUGUCCAGGAAGCUAAGUUUGCCAACUGAGUUAAAGCCUGAUUUAGAUGUCAAAGACAACUCUUUCAGUCGAUCCCGGAGUUCUAGUGUAACUAGCAUUGAUAAAGAAACACGUGAGGCAAUUUCGGCUCUUCAUUUUUGUGAGACUUUCACAAGAAAGGCUGAUACAUCACUUUCCCCAUGCCUGUGGGUUGGGACCACACUGGGUACAGUGCUUGUCAUUGUACUGAAUUUACCCCCAGGAGGAGAGCAAAGACUUCUUCAGCCAGUUAUUGUUUCUCCCAGUGGAACCAUCCUGAGGCUGAAAGGGGCAAUCUUGAGAAUGGCUUUUCUGGAUACCACGGGAUCUUUGAUCCCACCAGCGCAUGAACCCUGGAGAGAACACAAUGUCCCUGAAGAUAAAGAUGAAAAAGAUAAAUCGAAAAAGCGACGACCUGUCUCAGUAUCCCCUUCUUCCUCUCAGGAAAUCAGUGAAAACCAAUAUGCAGUGAUAUGUUCGGAAAAGCAAGCAAAAGUUAUCUCACUGCCAUCCCAGAACUGUAUUUAUAAGCAAAACAUAACAGAGACUUCUUUUGUUCUUCGUGGAGACAUAGUGUCGUUGAGUAACAGUGUCUGCCUUGCGUGUUUCUGUGCCAAUGGACAUAUUAUGACUUUUAGUUUGCCAAGCUUAAGGCCACUGUUGGAUGUAUAUUACCUGCCACUCACCAAUAUGCGGAUAGCCAGAACGUUCUGCUUCACUAACAACGGACAAGCACUCUACCUUGUCUCACCAACUGAAAUACAGAGGCUAACCUACAGUCAAGAAACAUGUGAGAAUCUUCAGGAAAUGCUGGGUGAGCUCUUCACUCCUGUAGAAACACCAGAAGCACCAAACAGGGGGUUCUUUAAAGGCCUGUUUGGAGGUGGGGCCCAGUCACUUGACAGAGAAGAGCUCUUUGGAGAAUCAGCAUCUGGGAAGGCAUCAAGGAGUCUUGCCCAGCAUAUUCCAGGGCCUGGGGGUAUUGAAGGUGUCAAAGGAGCAGCAUCUGGUGUAGUUGGUGAACUAGCACGAGCCCGGUUGGCACUAGAUGAAAGAGGACAAAAACUAGGAGAGCUGGAAGAAAAAACUGCAGCUAUGCUUUAUAGUGCUGAUUCUUUCUCUAAACAUGCUCAUGAGAUGAUGUUGAAGUACAAAGACAAGAAGUGGUACCAAUUCUGAUGACGCUCAUCGAUUACAUCUGUUUAAUUUUGUCCUGAUGAAAAAAUCUUGGUUUUUCGUUAAUUUUGGCAGGACCAUUUAAAUAUAAAGGAGUAUUCACCGUUGGAUACUGUUGUUUCCUAGCACAAAUCACACACUGUUUUACCUCAGUUGUGGCUUUAACUGAGGAGCUUUAUAUUUAGAAGAAACACACACGAAGAAAACCAAACUUGAGUGUUUCUUAGCUGUUGGUUAGCUGAGAGUUGGAACAGAGAAGGUAACUAGAACAUGUGAAAAACGGUAAAGGGAAAACGUAGUGUGAGAUGGGCAGGGGCAAUGCAGGGUCAAUCCUGUGUUAAUACUUCAUAUGCCAAAAGUUUUUGUGCUAUUGUAAUUGCUGCCAGUGUUAUACCCUCCUGUGAGGAGAGGCAAUAAAUCAGGGGUCCAAGAGCUGGAAUAAAGUUGUUUUGUCUUGCUGGACAGUAGUUGACUUAAACUUAGCCUCUCUAGGACUCACUAUAUUUACCAUUAUUGAUGAAGAAGACUGGAAGUUUGCUGUCACUUCUUUCAUUGGAAAAGCUGGAAGUUUGGAAUAUUUCUUCUUGAAAAUUGUAUACAUAGUUGACCUGUGCAUAGUCUUUUCUUGGACCCCUGAUCUAGUAUUCUUGUAUUCACAUCAUAUUCUGUGAAGUGCAAAACAAGAGAAUACACAAUUUUUGCAUUAAAAUUCAAGUGAAUAAUACGA